AUGGUGGCUGCAAAGACCUGCUCGCUGCUGCUGGUGCUUCUGUUCCUGGCCGUGGGGCUGGGAGAAGAGAAAGAGGCUCAGUCCAGAUCUCAUGCUAAGUAUGGUGGCCCCCGAGGUCCAAGGUAUGCAGAAGGAACUUUCAUCAGUGACUACAGUAUCGCCAUGGACAAGAUCCGCCAGCAGGACUUUGUGAACUGGCUGCUGGCCCAGAAGGGGAGGAAGAACGACUGGAAACACAACAUCACCCAGAGGGAGGCCCGAGCCCUGGAGCUAGCCAGGCAACCUCAGAGGGAUGAGGAGGCCACCAGGGAGCUGCAGAGCUCCCUGCCCAAGGACUCCAGUGAUGAAGAUCUGAUGAAGAAGCUACUGAUUCAAGAACUGCUGGCCUGGAUGGUGGACCAAACAGAACUCUGUGGCCUCAGGUAA